GAUUUCACACUUGAUUUUUAUUUGCGACAAACGUGGCAAGAUCCACGGUUAGCGUUUGGUGAUUUAUAUUAUGGUUAUCAAAAAGAGAAAAUUGAGUCUUUAACGGUUGGUGUAGAUUAUUUGGAGAAACUUUGGAAACCGGAUACAUUUUUUCCGAAUGAAAAGAAAUCAUUCUUUCAUACUGCGACAACGCAUAAUUCCUUCUUGAGAAUCGAUCCCGAUGGCACCGUUUUUACUUCCCAAAGGUUAACGGUGACAGCAACAUGUCCUAUGAAAUUGCAACUUUUCCCGAUGGAUUCACAGAAAUGCAAACUUGAAAUCGAAAGUUAUGGCUAUACAACUGCUGAUAUAGCAUUAUUCUGGGGCAAACAUCGCAGAGAUCAGGGUCAAGUAGUCGGGUUCGAGAAUAUUUCGCUGCCACAAUUCAAGCCUGUCGGUGUAUAUGUUCGAUUGUAUUUUGAAGUGUUGUUGGGUCGUAAUCUCGGUUUCUACCUCAUGAAUAUUAUCAUUCCUUCCAUGCUUAUUGUCACCAUUUCUUGGGUAUCAUUUUGGCUCAAUCGUGAAGCGUCACCGGCACGUGUCGGUCUUGGCGUUACUACCGUACUCACAAUGACUACACUUAUUACUACGACUAAUAAUUCGAUGCCAAAAGUUAGUUAUAUUAAAGGACUUGAUGUCUUCUUGAAUUUUUGUUUUGUGAUGGUAUUUGCAAGUUUAAUUGAAUAUGCUGUAGUUAGCUAUAUGAACAAAAAAUUAGCACAAAGGCGUGAAAGGCGAAGAAAGCAAGCGGAGCAACGAAUGCCUGUUGAAAUGCCUAUGUACAGUCAAGUUGCUUCAAAUGCUGAAACAAAAAUGUCAUAUCAAAAUAUGACUAUUAUCAAUGAUAAUUAUGCCUCGCCCGGUAAAUCCUCCAUCAAACGAAUGGAUACGUAUCUUAGUGGUCCAGGACAAAAUUCUAAUAUGAUGGUAUCAGAAGCGAUGAUGCCAGAAUGUGAUUGUCGUACAAUACCGUUAAUACAGAAUCCACGUUUGGUAACAGAUCGAACAUUAUGGCCAGCACCAUUUGUAAAACCAAAACGUGCAUCACAUGGUUACACUGUUGCAACAGUACAUUAUCAUUGGUGUCAACUAAAAGAUGUCCACUGCAAGGCAGCUGUCAAAGUUGAGCCAUUUGAACUGACAAGCUAUCGAUUUGCAAGCUUAUGUAUUAAUCAAACAAUCGCAACAACAUCAUCCGGUUCUUAUUCACGAUUAUGGGCGCAAUUCGUACUCAAAAGAGAAUCCAGCUUUUACAUAAUUCAGAUUUUUCUCCCUGCAAUGCUUGUCGUCUUCAUGAGCUGGGUGUCAUUUUGGAUCAAUCCCGAAUCAGCUCCAUCUCGUACGGUCAUUGGGACAUUUACCGUAUUGAGUGAAACUCAUCUCCUGAUGAGUACUAAUAGACGACUUCCGCCUGUUUCCUACAUUAAGGCUGUGGAUGUUUACCUUGGAUUUUGUUAUUUGAAUGUAAUCUUAGCACUUGUCGAAUAUGCUACUGUCGCGUAUUCAAAGAAGAAGUAUGAAGAUCGAAAAAAAAACAAAAACAAAAAUAUCUUUGAAUUAACACCACAGUUACAAGCACCAGAUUUGCUUCAAGACGCUCGCAUAGAUGAAUGUACUUGUGAAAAAAAUGUUUUGGUGUUUGUGGUAGCUAAAGGCCCAUCAAAAUGCGCUAAUUUUUGCAAGCACAGCAGCGUAGACCUUAUUGCUCGAAUUGUCUUCCCUGCAUCGUUCCUUGUAUUCAAUUUCAUUUAUUGGACAGUGCUUCUCUCCCUAUCAGGAUGGAACAUGUACGAAGAUAAUAUGGAACAAAGAAUUUGUUAA